AUGAACCUGCUCCUGGGCACUGUCCUGCUGCUCCUGCUGCUGCCUGAUGUUGCCGAGGGACAGGACAGCUGUUCCGGGCUGCCCCGGGGUGAUGAGCACGGGGAGUGCUGCCGAGCGGUGCUGGAGCAGCAGAGCCCGGGCAGCAGCAGCCCGGUGUUCCACCUGUCCCAGCGCUGCCCGGAGCUGUGGCACUCCCGGAGCCGCGCCUGCGUCUGCCUGAGGGAGCGCUGGCUCAGGCUGCUGCAGUCGGGGUUGCACAGUCAGCUGGCUGGGCUCCAGACGCUGCUCCUCAAUGUCAGCAGGGCUGUCACCCGCGAUGUGCUCAUCGCCUUCUCCCCCACUGAGGGCCCCAGCAGGCUGAACAGCACGGAGAAAGGGAAGGCAGGUAAAAUCCACCUCCCCAGGGGGAUAUUCCGGUCCCUGAGCAGCCAAACAGUGCGAGUGGUAGUGACAGUCCUCAAUAUCCAGCAGCUUGGCAUGUUCAAGGAAAUCAACCAGACAGGGCAGGUGCUGGACAACACCGUGGUGGGCAUCACGGUGGGGGAGAGCAGCAUCUCGGGGCUGCAGGAGCCCGUGCAGCUCACCUUCCCCCACGGGGAGCUGCCCCAGGGUGUCAGCCCCCGAUGCGUGUUCUGGGAUGCCAGCAAAGGGCAGGCAGGAGGCUGGCGCAGCAGUGGAUGUGACACACAGCCCGGGGACAAGGGGACAGUCUGCUCCUGUGACCAUCUCACCUUCUUCACCCUGCUCCUGAGCCCAGCUCUGGAUGGCUCCACAGCAAGAGCUCUGAUGGCUGUUGCCACCGCUGGCUGUGGAGUAGCCAUGGCCUUCUCCAUCUUCACCAUGGCCUUCUGCAUCUUUAUCAGGUGCAGGUUCAGGCUGGAGGACACCGUCCGCACCAACCUGGGGCUGCACCUCAACCUCGUGGGCAGCCUGCUCCUCCUCAACCUGGCCUUCCUGCUCAGCACUGGGCUCGCUGGCAGGGCCCCCCCAAGCACCUGCAGGGCCCUGGGGGGGCUCACCCACUACUGCCUGCUCUGCUGCUUCACCUGGACAGCGCUGGAGGGCUGCCAGCUCUACCUCCUCUUUGUCAAGGUCCUGGGCACCUACAUCCACCACUACCUGGCAAAGCUGUGCCUGCUGGGCUGGGGCUUCCCUGCUCUCGUGGUGGGAGUGGCAGGAGCUCUUGGCAGCUAUGGAAAAUACCACAUCCAGACCGUGGACCACCAGACCAUAGCCCACCUGUGCUGGAUCACUUCCAAACAUCUUCUGGUCCACUACAUCACCAACUGUGGCUACUUUGGCCUCAUCUUCCUCUUCAACAUGGCUGUGUUCGGGGUGGUGACCCACAAGAGCUGCAGCUUGCAGGGCACUGGGGCAGUGCAGGGACACAGCAAGCCCUGGAAGGUGGCUCUGGUGGCAGCAGGGCUGUUCUGCCUGCUGGGAGCCACUUGGGCCCUGGCAUUCCUCACCUAUGGCAUCUCCUCUGCAGCUGUGCUCCACCUCUUCACCGUCCUCAACUCCCUCCAAGGAAUCUUCAUAUUCAUCUGGUUGGUUGUCCUCUACUACCCAAAGACAAAGGAGAGCACUGGUUCCCUCUCCUACAUCAUCAGACAUGACAAAACCACCACAGGCUCCCAGGACUAG